AUGGAAGAUAAAUUUUCUCCAGUACCAGCAAAUGAUCCCUAUAUAGAUGGUAAUCUCCCUAUUAAUAUACCUGCCAUAUUUACUGUUUGGCUUCAGCAUAAAUAUCGAGAAGUGAUGGCUGGAAAUGCUGAAUUAGCUUUACAGUCAUUAAUACAAGAAAGAUUUAACCACUCAACGAAUUCUCCUGAUGUUUAUGAAUCUAGAAUCCAAAAACAUAUA